AAAAACUUCAAGGAUAUAAGUAUACACAUACAUAUGUCAAAUUUUACCUGGAAAAAUUUGUCAUUGAAAUUAGUUUUUCUUUUUUUUGUAAACAAAACACAAUAUAACGCACACAGACAAGUUGUUAAACAAUUAAGGAUUCAUUUCUUCUGGGACCGUCGGAGCACUCACAUUAUGAGUAUCAUGAGUAUAUGGAGCGUACAAUGCCUGACGCGUAAGUUCAUUCGCCAUGCGUAUAUCUUGGCCAACAGAAGGGUAAUAGGACCUCCGCCAAUACAGCCGCCGCCUGCCUACGCCGCUUUACGGUCAUCGCACAGCAGUCUCUAUCAAAUGGUUAAGAAACGCACCUUCGAGGCGCGCACCAAAUUGCAAGCCAAAAAAUAUCCGAACCAACAUGUCUGCAUUCCCAAGACCCCCUUCGAGUACGAAGCGGAAACGGAAGCGGAUGUGGAUGAGGAUAUCGAGACUAAAUCCAACAUUAGUGCCCCCGGCUUUCCGACCGUCAAUUUUCAAGCCCCGCAGCCGUUAGAGCAGUCCUUCGUAAAAGGCUAUGCGGAAUCCAAGCAGGUCAGUGCCAAGGAUGCCCUCAAAUCUUCGGAAUGUCAGGCCAGUGACUCCGAACUCGUACUCGAUUCCUGUAAACCCAAAGAUCCCUGCGAGGAGUUCAAGCGCAAAAGACAGGAGACACGGUGCCCACCCUCCAGUGGGGAUUUAACUGGUGGCGGUGGUUCGGGUGACGGUGACGGCCAAGACUGUGGUGAUGUCGAGUGCCGGCUAAAGGAUCUUCGUCUGAAGUGUCUGCUGGGAGCGCUGGCGGCUCUGAUAGCUGGAGGACUGCUAUCGUGGUUCUUGACGCGUACACCAGACGAUAGUGAAGCCAAAAAGGCAGCUGCAGAAGAGGAGCUGCGGAAGCGACGACUUUUAGCUGGUCUAGUCACAAGUCCUGCCAGUUCUGAGGACCUCCCAAACCACGUUCAAUACCUGAUCGUCGGCGGUGGCACGGCUGCCUUCUCUGCGUGUCGAGCCAUCAAGUCUAAUGAUUCUUCUGCCAAGGUCCUGAUGAUCAGCAAUGAAGCCCGCAAACCUUACAUGCGUCCGCCACUUUCCAAGGAACUCUGGUACACCCCUAACCCGAACGAUGAUCCCAUCAAGGAUUACCGCUUCCAGCAAUGGACUGGCUCCGAAAGAAGCUUGUUCUUUGAACCGGAAGGGUAUUUCGUGGAUCCCGAGGACUUGGAUGACAGUGCAGGUGGCGUAGCUAUCGCUCAGGGCUUCUCGGUUAAGAAGGUUGAUGCUCGGGAGCGAAAAGUGACGUUGAAUGAUGGUUAUCAGAUCGAGUACGGCUCGUGUCUGAUUGCUACUGGCUGUGCCCCCAAGAACCUCACUGUUUUCCAGGACGCGCCACCCAGCAUUCGCGAAAAGGUAAUGGUCUAUCGGACUCCCGAUGACUUCGACCGCCUUCGCAAACUGGCGUCAGAGAAGCGAUCGAUAACGAUCGUGGGCAACGGUUUCAUCGGGAGCGAACUGGCCUGCUCUCUGGCCCAUUAUUCCAGGGAGAACGGUGGCGGCAAGGUAUAUCAGGUGUUCGAGGAGAACGGUAAUAUGUCACGGAUCCUGCCAAACUACCUGAGCCGCUGGACUAUGGCAAAGAUGGAGGCGCAAGGCGUCUGCAUCAUUCCCAAUGCCAGCAUCCGGCACGCGACAAGGGAUGAAUCCAAUCUAAAACUGGAGCUGAACAAUGGCAUGACCCUGAUGUCCGAUGUGGUGGUAGUUUGUGUUGGUAGCUCACCUAACACGGAGCUCGCCGGUCCGAGCAGGCUGGAAGUGGACAGAAGCCGCGGAGGCUUCGUAGUCAAUGCUGAGCUGGAAGCCAGGCGGAAUCUUUACGUGGCUGGUGAUGCCUCCUGCUUCUAUGAUCCGUUGUUAGGCAGGCGGCGAGUGGAGCACUACGACCACUCCGUGGUCUCUGGUCGAUUGGCUGGGGAGAACAUGACGGGAGCAAAGAAACCAUAUCAACAUCAGAGCAUGUUCUGGUCGGAUCUGGGUCCUGAGAUCGGCUAUGAGGGCGUCGGCCUGGUUGACUCUUCGCUGCCCACCGUGGGAGUCUUUGCUCUGCCCUCGGAUGCUGCCGAACGCGUGGACAACCUGGCCGAGCAUGAGGAAAGUAGCGAUUCCCUGGCUAGAACCGAUAUGGGAGUUAUUACCAAGGAUGGCAUUACCUGUGAUCCCGACGAUGCGGCGAAUUAUGGCAAGGGUGUGGUGUUCUACAUGAAGAACGACAAGGUCGUGGGCAUCCUGCUCUGGAAUCUCUUCAACCGGAUAGGCUUAGCCAGGAACAUAAUAAGUGAGAAUAGGAAUUAUGAUAACCUCAACGAGGUGGCCAAGCUGUUCGAGAUUAACGCGUAGAAAGAGCAGAGACGGACCAAGGAGAAGAGAAUAUUGGCAUUAUCGUGGACUGCAAGUCGGCCCCCCAUCGUGAUAAUUUGUAACUGGAUACGAACGGCAACGACGCAAUGCAACAGAAAUUUUAGUUUUAGUAUUUUUGGAAUAAACCACUAAUGACAUUCGCCUCUGCAAUACCGAAUCACAAAUGUCACACCCUUCCAAGGGAUUCAUCAAGUGCAGCCUAAACCGUAUGAGCUUAUAUCUUCAGCUCCCUAACGUUUCCUAUCUGCUAGAAAUCAAAUCUGAAGAUAUUAUUUUAAAUUUGA